CGCGGGGCCAAAAGCAGCUCUAUCAGCCCCAGACUCAGCCCAGUUGAAGGAUGUGAUCCUGAUCAAGCUUUAUAAAUGAGCUCUAAAGGCGUUGAUUAGCUGUUGGCCGAAAUGCGACCGAGCGACAAUAUUUAUCUUCCUAUAAUCUGGCCGCCUGCGAAUCAUGUCGACCAAGCCGGACUCUCAACCUACCAUCUCCAAGACCAAGCGAUCGCAGACUACGGCAAAAGCUGAGAAUGAUCAAAGAAAACCCCCAGUAGAAUUCCUCUGGAUUGAUGCUCAAGAGGAGGACCCCCGAGAUCGCGAUGCCUCUCGGGAGAAACAGUCAUUCAUUAGGGCGAGGCAUCAUAGAUUGAAGAAAGAAUCCCAAAUGCGGAGCUUGAAGACAUCGAUGCAGCAACGACCAGCUAAGAGCGAUUUCACACCACCCAAGACGGCCAGCGAUCAUACUUCGGAGGACCGCUGCUUGAUCGCCCAGUCUCCAAUUUUGUGUCAACCUCUCGAAGCAUGCAUUUCAAUGGCCUUUCCAUACCUGUCCCGUCCCACUAAUCAGAGUAUGACGCUAUACCUUCAACACUAUCAAGUUCAUGCCACGAAACUGUGCUUCCCCUUGGGUGACAGCCAAAUUACAUUCCGAUAUCUAUCAAUGGCACUCAAUCACCCAGCUCUCGUGCAGAUUCUUCUUUCCACAAGUGCCUUUCAUCGGGCGACUGUACACUAUGUCAGUGGUGCGCCGCCUCAGAUGAUUCAAAGCUCAACGCAGGAUGCCAUCCGUUUGCGAUCAGAAACAAUCAAGUCGCUUCAGGGGAUCCUGAUCAAGCCUUACGAGUUCUUUUCCGAAGCGACACUCAGAGUUAUUGCCCAUAUAAUGUGUGUUGAGGCAGCCGAGGCUAAUGUAGUAGCUGUCCGCGCUCAUGAAAAGGCUAUUAAGAAAAUCAUUGAUGCUCUAGGUGGACUAAACAACUUGGGAUACGAUUCACUUUCUAUACUAUACGUUUGCGAUCUCAUGAGAGGACUGAUCAAUGAAAACCCCGUCGUAUUAAGUAAAUCUUGGAAAUGGGAGUUCAAAGUCCACAGAGAGUGUUCCUUCCUCCGAGGAGAUUUUGAUACCAACACGUCCUCGUUCGUUGGAUACCGUUUCUUCAAUUCUCCCUGGUCCUCGGAUCUCCAUCCAGAGCUCAUCUUGACUUUGCGCUCAUUGCAAACGCUGGUGUCGUUAUAUGAGAAUGUGAACUCCUCCUCGUGGAAACAGACACGCAUGGACAAUGAUGGACUACUUCUUUUGAAUCACGAACUAUUAUCGCUAGCACACGACCGCUCCCUUCCUCCCUUCCAAGAUACCCUCCGGCUAGCAGUCUUGAUAUAUACUGUGAUUCGAAUACGGGGCUUUGGGGGAAUGCCUUGUGCAGAUAUUUUCGUUGCUACUCUUCAGAGAAGCCUUCAAAAAAGCUUCGCCUCUCUCGAAAGCACGGCACCCGACCUACUUCUCUGGAUUUUAUUCAUCGGCAGCCUGGCCUCAAGAGGACGAAACUGCCACUCUUGGUUUUUGCGAAACCUCCAAGAAGUCGCCACGGAACUUUCACUUGAGAAAUGGGACUGUGCUGUUGUCGUUCUUCAGGAAUACUUCUUCAUCUGUAGAUCAUCCGAUGGACCCGUGAAGGAAAUGUGGAAGUCGGCAUUCUCACAAAAAUUGAAAGGGGUCGUAGAGGAAUGAUUAUUGGUUCAUUUCUGGCUGUAUGUGAACUUGGCAACUCCAGGCUUCGCCAACGCUGUUCCAUCAAUGGAAGAAUGUUGUAUUGUUGAGAAAAUAGUAUUAGCUUGAUAAAAGUAAUGUGAUCGAGAACUCAAGCCAAUAUGUAGCAUUUAUCAUUAAACACGAUCUGCCUCAUCAGUAAAAGCCCUCUCGGUGUAUUUGACUCGGCUGUACACUGGCAGCCUGUAAACCAUUGACUACCGAGUCUGCAAACCCGUUAGGCCCACAAAUGAAGAAAUUCUUAUUUUUGGGAGCAGUCGCCCAGUAUGAUGGCUCCACGCGCCCUUGGUGAAGAGUCACUUGCACAUUUGAGCUGUUGAUAACUCGCUUGUCGAAAUCAAAUUCCUUUGUGAAGAUCUCAAGUUCCACUUUGAGUGUGGGAGGCAUCUUUGCAAGUGAUGGCUGGAUUAAAUGCAGCAUGAUCUCUGGCUCCCUCGUCGACAGAACGAGCGAUAAAUUGCCUUGGGCUGCAGGACCACGGUCACUUAGCGCUUGGAGCAUUGCGAGGAAUGGGGUUAUUCCGAUUCCCCCAGCAACCCACAAGUCAUUAAUUCUUUCGGGACUUAAGGAAAAGUCGCCCGUGAUGCCCACUAUUCCUGCACGCACUGAAUUAUCGAACUUGAUCGGCUGCCCCCAUUGAGUGAACGAAUGGCUCUUCAAAACAUCGAAUAAUGCACCCGUCACUGCCCCGCCGGGCAUUUUGCGCAUCGUGAGUUCGAACGACGUCACAUCCUGCCCUUCAUGCGCACUUGAUACUGUCCAGGUGCGAACUCGGUCAUCAUUGAUAGAUUCAGGAGCAGCGUCUGCCAUGUGUCGAUACUGAGGAGGGCCGAUCCAGUCCAUGAAAUCAAGGACGAUGGCCUGUCCGGGACGUAUGCUGAUCCUAGGGGCGCCAGAUUGUGCAGCGACUUUGAACUUGAAUACAGCCAGAUCGGAAGAUAGUCGUACAGCUUCUUGAAGAUAUGCUUGAUGGCCCUCGUUGUCGCCCGUUUCCGAUGCUAUCUCUUCCACCAGAUGUUUGAUCUUGGGGCUGUAUGGGCUGCGUUCAACCAAUGUCCCAGGCUGCUGUCUCACAGGCAGAGCAUCUCUGACAAAGGUGUAGCCAGUCACUUUCAAGGUUGUCAGGCUCGCAUGUCUGGCCAUGAUUUUAAGCGCAGCGGGGCCUACGUGAUUCUCGGCAGUCCCUGUCAGAUAAAGAAUAUCGCCCGUCGUGAAGGAAACGAUGGUCAAUCCUGCGAGCCCACUGGACUCAAUGUUUCCCAAACUUGAAACGAAACGAUUUCCGGAAUAGUCAGGAAUGACCACUGUGCGCCCGUCGGAUGGGCGCACGCGUAUGAAACCUGGCAAGCCGCUACGGGCAUUCAUUCCAGCGUGGGACGGAUACUUCUUAGCUGUCGCUUUCUCUGACUUGUAGAUAGAUGCUAUGAAAGCCGUGUCGGCCUGGAGGAUGUAGUCUACUACCUCAUCUGGCAGCCUGUCAUGUGGUGAGAGUUGUCGAUUUUGGUAGGCAACAAUAGGUCGUGUGUGCGGAUACGGGCCAAAUUCGCGAACAUUGAUAUACUUUGGACAAUUCCUGUUACCGGGUUAGCUAGUUUUCUAUCUCAAGAGUUCAAAUCA